AAUAAUUGACUUAGCUCCUUGCUCUAAAAGUCCAAAGAGGAUCGGGCCAACUGUGCCCCCAAAGCCUUAUAAAAAGAAACCAGAUUAUCCUGAGGUUUAAUGUGCAUCCAUACUAAGCUAUAUUGGGUUUCCAAGAAAGUAAUUUCAGUUUUCACAAAUAUAUAUCGGUAGACUUAUUUUAAAUGAUUCGGCCAAUGUUAUACGGGUGUGUUCUGAACUCUGAUCUUAUCGAAAUCAAACAAAUCCAAUUCAAACUGUCAAAGAUCAUCUGUUUUGUUGGUGCAUUUAUUGUUUACAUUUGGAUUAGCUUGGGGGCAUUGAAUUUAUACGAGAAUUUUCACAUUUAACUGUUGAUUAAGGCAAAUUUAAUAAAAAAAAUUUGAAAAUAGCAAUCGAAACCAGAGAGCAAAAUAUAAUGGAAGAAAUAAAAAGGAAUAUAUCGCAUACCUAAGUAUCGAUGUCAAGGUCGCGAUGAAUAUCUGCGUUACGUAUGUACCAAGGUGCAUUAGUUAAGGUCCUACGUAUUUAUGAAAAUAAUGUUUCAAUUCAAUUGAGCAAUGCUUUCUUUGACCAAUUCUAUAUGGAAAUGAAUGCGUUUGCAAACGAUGUUUUCGGCUAUGAACAAAUGUUGGAAUCGAAUGAAAAAGGAAAGAAACGCGAAAUGAUAAAAAAAAUUCUUGGAAAAUUUAAAAUGAAUGGUGCUUCAUUGGAAAAAUUCAAAGAAGUACACCACACAACAACUCAUUCCAACUCUGAUUUUGAAAUCCUGUUGGAAUUGGUGAUCGAUAAUUUUGUCACUAUAAUGGUCAAUGGAAAUUUGCGUGUAUCAGACCCUGCAUAUUAUUUACCAUAUCAACUUUUUAUGGAACAUAUGGACCAAAUGAACACAAAAAAAUAAUUUAGUUUUGUUUUGAUUUUUUGGCAUUUUGGUUUUCAGUUAAUACAAUAAAAACAAUACUGUUUU